AUUAUCCACAAACCAUGCCAGAUGCGGCUAUCCCAGGUGCUCAGCUACAGCAAGGAAUCUCGACUCUAGGAAAUCUAUCCAUGGCAUACACGCUACCAUGCAAUACCCAGUUCACAUUUGGUCUUGUCGUGGGCUCGCAAACCUUCGUACUAGACCAAUCUAGCCUGAUCGUCACCAUGAGCAACGGUCAAUGCGUCAGUGGCAUCGAGGCUUGGACUGAUCCUCAGCAGGCGCAAUACAUGUUUGGAUCUCGGUUCCUCUCCACGGUAUAUCUGUGAG